AUGGAGUCAUCUUCAGUCAUCCUUAGGGCCCCCGGCGUAUCGCAAAACGUCCAGGGCACGCAGCCCCAGGGGUAUUCAUCGCCCAGCCUGUCAUUUCUGCAGGGCACUUGGCACGUCACUCACAGCACACUUCCCAUGUGGAAGUCAAAGCGCAAUGUUCAGAUCACAUAUACACCACUCGCGCCAUCGACACCUGAUGCUACUCCAGACCAGACAGACCGGCUGGAUGACGUUGUGUCGUACCAAGCGCUGGACUCGGAAAAAGUGCACACAGUUCACGGGGUGGACAAAGCUAGUGGUGGCAUCGGAGUGACAGACGUGUGGGAUUGGCGCGGCAAAGGAUGGCUCAUGAUUGCCAGCAGUCACUGGGAGGUUUUGGGAUGGGCAGACAAGGCACCCGACCAAGACAGCUGGGUCGUCACACACUUUGCCAAGACUCUGUUUACUCCGGCUGGAAUCGACUUUUACAGCAGACGCAAGGAAGGGCUGAGCGAGCAGACUGUGCAGGAUAUCAAGACUGCGCUUGGUCGUGUGGAGAACGAAGACGUUCGUCGCUUGUCGAGCGAGGUGUUUGAGGUCAAGACGGACCACUAG